GUUGCCAAAGGCCGCCGACCACCUGCGCCACUGGGUGCCUUGGAUCAGACGGGCCAGGCAACUCAACUUGUGCAUAAAAAUCAGUUAGGUCAUCAUGGAAAAAGCAUUUGUUGUAUCCACAACUGUGGCAGUGGUGAGCUCUGGUUUAGCAGCAUGGGCUAUGUACAAGUGGCUUGAUACUCGUGACACUCUUUUAGCACAUCUAGAUAAAUACAAUGACAUGAAGGAAGUUCAUAGGCAGUUGUUACAUCACUAUGGCAAAUCAAAGAGCCUGCCAAAAUUGAGUGACAUUGUUCCAGAAGAAGCUGACAGAUAUCACCCUCAUUUGGCCAAGUUUUGUAGUGACAUGUGUGAGAAGCACAAGGUUUCAAGAGGACGCAUCCUUGAUGUUGGUUGUGGGCCUGGUGGAACCUCCUUUCACCUUUCCAAUUACUUCACAAAAGUUGUAGGAACGGAUGUAAGCUAUUAUAUGAUUGCUGUUGCACAGCAGGUCAAGCAGUUUGCAGAAUUUGCAUCUCCAUUUUCAACAGAAGGGGGAAAUCACAUUUCCAACCAAGGCAUUCGAGUUUCAGAUUCUGCUGACAGAGAAAGAGUUGAGUUCUGGGAUGAGGAUAUGUGCAUUCCAUCAUAUAAAUUUGGAAAGUUUGAUUGCAUAUUAGUCUCAAACACACUCACUGACAUGCAUGAUCCGAAAUAUUUUCUUGAGAGUAUUGGUGAUUAUGCUCCCCCUGGAGCAUUGAUGAUCAUAGCUGAUGUGUACAACUGGAAAAAUGGACCAGAGGAGGUUCUUGGUGGUGAAGGAGAUCGUCUCACUUUCUUUUUAUUAAAGAAAAUCUUAUCUCCCUCCUGGUCUUUUGAGGAGGAAGCAGAGCUGAUGUAUUUUUUCCCACGCUGCUGGCGUCUUGCUGAACUAGGAAAUGCACAUGUCACUGUCUGGAAAAGAAAACAGAAUGACAUAGAUAAGUAAUUUUUUUUUUUUUUUUACAUGAGAUAAGUUGUAAAAAUCUUAUGGUUUUCAAGUCAUUAAGAAAAAUUUUAUUUGCAUUGUAUGUUGAUUAUGAAACUGAUCUAUGAUCUCUAUUUUUAUAAAAUAAGUUUGUAAUACAGCUUUCUGCAAUUAAAUUGUUUUGUGUGAUAUGUAUGCCUUUGAGUCUUGUAAUUCAAUUCUAUAUUUGUUGUUAUAACAUGCAUGUUAUGUAAAACCAAUCUGUUCAUUCACUACUAUUUUGUGACUGAGAUUUAAAGAUAAAAACACAUGUCUUAAUACUCACCAGUGUGCAACUUACUGAUAUAAUAGACAACUGACAGACUGUUUGUGUGUGAUUUUUCUAAAUACAAUAUAUUUUUACUUCAUUUGCCUUUGUUCUCUUUCUCUUUUGAUGUUGUCAAUUUGCUUUAUUGACUGUUGUUUAUGAAACAGCUUGCAUAAUCUGUGAUGAGAGAAGAUGCUUCUUAUAAUCAUUUUCACAAGUUUUUAGUAGCACAAUGAAGUCAAUAUUAUAUUAGAUGGUGGAUAUUUUCUUGUUAUCUAUGUGUAAUGACAAACCCAUUCAUUCUGCUUAGAGGCAGUCAGAUGUAUAAAUGACACAGAUACACAUGAAAGAAUGAGAGCAUGAAAAAAAUCUAUGUUGGAGAAGAAACACAUAUAACCACACCCCCAAACAGUAUGGAAAGUUUGUCAGAGAAUAGUCAGUAAUCACAGAAUAGGCAACCAUAUUAUGCAUCUAAACUCACUCUCAGGCACCAUUAUAGACCUCUAAAGGUGAUAGCAUAAAAUGUAGAUGACACUAAUAACAAUAGAUAUAAUGAUAAUGUUUUUGUUGGGAAAAUGUUUAUUGUAACUAUUUUUCAAAUUUGGGUUCCUUCAGAAUAAAGAUAAAGGCACUGGGAGCUAGGCAUGGAA